AUGCAAACCAAGGGCGGCAGCAGCGGUGUGGUGCUGGGCUGUCGGUCCUUCUGCCGGGGAUCCCUCGGGGACCGGGCUCACACACGGACCCUGCGACGGUCCCGCUUCCCCUCCGGCUGCGGGCCCCUGCGGGGCGGCCCCGGGCACACUCUGCGCCCCCCGGGCCUGGUCCCGCAGCCGCGUCCCCGCGGGCCGGGCGGGGGGCCGGUCCCGGUGCACAUCGCCGGCCCCGGCGCUGUUUGUUCCCCCAGGGGCGGUGAGGAAGAGGAGCAGCCGCAGCCCGGCUCCGGCGCUGGACACGAGAACAGGCCUUCACCCAAGGAGCUGGAGGAGCUGGAACUGCUGAACAGGGCCUUAGAGAAGGCACUGAAAGUCAGGAAAAGCAUCUUGAAAAGUCCACUAGAGGCCCCGGGAGCUACAGGAAAGAAAUUGGCAGGUGAGGGACCUGCUGCCAGGAAGGCUGAAGAGCAGCAGGUGCCUGUAUCUGUUGAGGAUGUUCCUGAGAGCACAAAGGUGGGAACUGGAAGCAAAAAGCCUGGCUCUUCAAAGAAGCCCUCUGCAUACCAGCUAAGAGCCCCUUAUAGGACUGACCCAGAUGUGAAGAAACCACAGAGGAAAGCCCCAGCCAGAUGUGUUUCUCAAGGUCCCAGGACAUCGGGGAAGAACUCCUCCAAAGGGGUGGCUUCGAAACAAAGAGGGAGUCAGAGGACAGCAACUGGCAGUGCCACAGAGGUCUGUGCUCCAGCUGAACCCCAAAAGACACUUGGCUUGUCCAAAUCUGCCCCAAAUGAGCAGCAAAGUUUUUCUGUGGGGGAUUCAGCUGGGGGAAAGAACUCAAUAGCUGCUGGCCAGGAGUUAUUUGAUGCAGGGAAGAAAAGUUGUGGUUUCCUGGGAGAGUCCAGCAAAAAGGAGGACACUGCAGGUGCAUCAGGAAGGAGCCCCUCACCUGGGACAGGCACCCUGCAGGAAAAGGGAUGCCAGCUGAAGCUCCCCCUUCCCUACAGGAUAGCCUAUUCCAGGAACUCCAGGGCAUGGGAGAAAUGUCAUCUGUGCCAAACAAGUGCAGAUGCAGCAGCUGCAAGGGCCCGUUUUAUGGAGAGGAUCCAGACAACUUUUUGUUCACCGAAGGCAGACUUCAGUCCUGCAGAGAUAGAGGAGGAAUUGAGGGUCCUCCAGGAUGUCCGCUCCCAUCUGAGACAGUAUGUGGAAGCUGAGACUGCAGACCCUCCCACUCUGCAAGGGGAGUAUGAAAGCCUUCUGACCUUGGAGGGUUUGCAAACCACAGUUGCUCAGUGCCUGCAGAAGCUGCAGCUUCUUCGAGCAGCUCUGGAGUCCCAGCUGAGGCUGCGCCCAGACUGCACUGGGGAUGUGGGAAGCUGCUCCCCAGCCUGUGUCCCUGCCAGGGGACAGAUGUGUGACACUGCAGGAGUGCUGGCUCUGCCUCUCCUGUGUUACUCCAGCUUCCAGGAGCUGAGGGACCUGUUUGCCUUGAAGCUGCAAGUGUCAAUGCUGCACCAAGAGAUUGCCCUACAAAAGGUGCUGAUGGCAGAGCUGCUGCCUGUCCUGGAGCCCAGCCCGUGCCCGGAGGGCUCUGCCCGGCUCUUCCGUGCCAUCCACACCCAGCUCUGCCAGGGGGGCAGGAGCUUCCCUGUGCUGGUGAGGGAUGAGCUGGGGGACUGAGCAGGGGAGCCUCCUGCUAGUCCUUCACACACACAGAGACAGUUCUGACCAAUAAAUCUUCUCCAUGAAUUUCUUUA